AGCUAGUACUACAUUCGGCACUGCGUUUGAUUUUGACAGCCUUUUUACUCUCGGCGAGUGUAUGGAAACAGACGUGUAGAAUGAAGUUGAACGUAUCUUUUCCCGCUACCGGGGCCCAGAAGACCUUCGAGGUGGUUGAUGACCAUAAGCUUCGUCACUUCUAUGACAAACGUAUGGGAGCUGAAAUCACCGCUGACCAUCUAGGUGAUGAAUGGAAGGGCUACGUUUUCAAGAUUGCCGGUGGCAACGACAAACAGGGUUUUCCGAUGAAGCAAGGCGUUCUAACCAACACCCGUGUCCGCCUGUUGCUGAAGAAGGGACAUUCCUGCUACAGACCCCGUCGUACCGGAGAGCGCAAGCGUAAAUCGGUUCGCGGAUGUAUUGUUGAUCAGAACCUGUCGGCGCUAGCGCUGAUCAUUUUGAAGAAGGGCGAGAAGGACAUUCCCGGUUUGACCGACACUACUGUUCCACGUCGUCUUGGCCCGAAGCGAGCCAGCAAUAUCCGCAAGCUUUACAAUCUGAGCAAGGAUGACGAUGUGCGUCAAUUCGUGGUUAAACGUCCGCUUCCUGAGAAGGAUGGCAAGAAGCCUCGCGUUAAGGCUCCGAAGAUUCAGCGUCUAAUCACUCCGGUGGUUCUGCAGCGUAAGAGACAUCGUUUGGCAAUCAAGAAACGUCGCGUUGAAUCACGCAAGGAAGCCGAAGCCGAAUACGUCAAAAUUUUGGCUGUUCGUCGUCGUGCUGAGCGUAUCCGUCGUCGUUCCCGGUUGUCGUCGAUGCGUGAUUCGCGCAGUUCGAUCGGUUCGGAAAAGGAGAAGGAAAAGGCCGCUGCCAAGGCAGCCAAGAAGGUCGCCAAAAAGGAGGCCAAGAAAGAAGUGAAGAAAGUCACCGAGGCAGCGAAGAAGGCGACUGAUGCCAAGGCUAAGGGUAAGACCGCUGAAGCCAAGAAACCGGAGAAGAAAACCGAAGCGAAGAAAUCUGACGCCGCUAAGAAGGUUGAUGCCAAGAAGUCUGACGCUAAGAAAACCGAAGUCAAAAAGGUUGAAGCUAAGAAAGUAGAAGCCAAGAAGACCGACGCCGCUAAGAAAACUACCGGAGAAAAGAAGGAAAAGAAGGUAGUGAAAAAGGAAGCGCCAGCCGCUCCUGCUGCUUCCGGUGCCAAGAAGGAGGCACCCAAGAGGAAACCCGAAGCAAGCAAGGGUGAUGCAAGCGCAGCCAAAAAGGAAAAGAAGCAAAAGAAGAAGUAAACUGCUUACUUCCUUAGGAUGCGUUUUGUAAUUUAAUCUUAAUGGUAUGAUAAACAAAAGAAUACAGUUAAGAAAAUAA